CGCGAGUGUGGGUACGAUCUAACGCAUCCUUUGCUUGUCCCCCCUUCCCCCUUCCCGCCCCUACUACGCUGACCCCAUUCCCCCAGCCCCUGUGGCCGCACCCACCCCUUCACCCACCCCCGCCCGGCGCGCCCCUCCCUGCCCGUGACGAAGUGCCCCACCGUUCCACCACCACCACGCCUCGCCAACCUGUGUCCCCCGCGGGCGGUGGCGCGGCGCCGGCUACUCCCUCCCCGCCCCGAAGAACUACUCCGAAUGGAAAUCAGGGGAGUGCGAGGAGAGAAAAGAGUCAGGUGGAGGAAGUGAGUGCCGGGAGAGUGUGGCGAGGCGGCUGGAGUGGUCCGGUUGGCGGCGGCGCCCCCACCAUCCGCCUCCCCACCACCUGCCUCCUCGCCCUCACGCCGGGCGGCUGCGGCACUACUACCACCACCACCACCACCACCAUCCCCGCCGCCGCCAACACCACCCAGUGGCUCGCCAAGGUGGCCGUGGUGCUCCUCGCCCUCGUCUCCACCGCCGCCGCCUCCUACAAGUUAAAACCCACCACCACGGUCACGCACUUCACGCUGGCUGGCUCACCUGGACAACUGCCCUGUGAGUUGCCUGUGCCAUCUGACCGGCCCACGCUCAUCCUGUGGUACAAGGACGAGAGCACCAAGCCCUUCUACAGUUUCGACGCGCGGGAAGCCUCCUCGGGCCACCACAAGGUGCACGAGAACUCCAGCCUCGGCCGCCGGUCUCGCUUCACCCUCGAGACAAUCCCGCAGAAUUUUCAGACUCGUGUCGGGUUCCUGGAGGUCAAAAAUGUCACGUUGGCGGAUGCUGGUAACUACACGUGUCGCGUUGACUUCAUGACCUCGCAGACCAUGAUGUCCCUCGUCCAGCUCCACGUGCAUGAGGAGAUGCGAGGCCUGGAGAUUUUCGACAAUAAUGACAAGAUGAUCCGGGAUGUCGUGGGGCCGUACCAGGAGUCUUCCCAAGUGAGGCUGUCCUGCCGCGCGUAUGGUGGCCACCCGCUGCCCGAGGUGCGGUGGGUGUCACGCGGCGAAGAGCUGAUACACCCCCGAGCGCUGCCACUGCCGGACAGCCCCAUGCCCCUAGGGAGUGACCGGCCCGUGACUGUGAGAAGCGCAAUGCUCAUCCUGCGUGAGCUCACCAGGCACGAUGAUGGGCGGAGGCUACGGUGUGAGGCUCGCAGCACCAAUCUUACCCUCGGCCUACACAAGGAGGUCACCAUCAGUAUGCACCUGCCGCCGCUAAGGGUGGAGAUCGAGGGGACUGACGUGCCGCUCAGGGCCGGUGUGGAAGCGUCUAUAAUGUGCAGGUCGACGGGGUCCAAGCCGCCCGCCACGCUCGACCUUAAGAUUGAUGGCUCCACGGGCUUCAAGGCCCUGCCCCCUCAGUCGUCGCUUGACCAAAACACGACCAUUAGGAGAGGUCGCCUGCUGCCCUCCUCAGAAGACAACGGCCGGACCAUCACGUGCACCGCCAAGAACCCGCUGGUGCCAGACUAUCGCCUCUCCGCCACUAGGAGACUGCAGGUGCACUUCGCCCCGGAGGUGCAGGCCCGCCUGGCGCCCGCCCUCAACCCCAAGAACAUCAAGGAAGGCGAGGACGUGUACUUCGUGUGCCACAUCAGAGCCAACCCGCCAGAAAGCCGCGUGCAAUGGCUCCACCAGGGCCGCCCGCUGUUCACGGUGAAGGAGAAGGGCGUGCUGGCGCAGGCGAGAAACCUUGUGCUGCAAAGGGUGAGUCGCCACGCCCAGGGCAAGUACCAGUGCACUGCCACCAACGCAAUCAACACCGUCACCAGCGCCCCCGCCACCCUCGACGUCAUGUGUGAGUACCGCCACCCAGUCUCCCCUGCCUCCCGUGCUUAUCUUUUUGACCCUGCUCCCCUUACCCUGCCUCACUCAUCCGCUCAUUUAUUUACUUUAUUUUAUUUAUUUUUCUCUUAGUUUCAUCUCCCUCCC